UCUGGGCGGAGAAGAUCAGGUAGACAUGCCGAAUCGUCUGCUCCACCAUGUAACGAGGAAUUUGUAUUUUUCGGUAGCUUCAUGGUAUCAGGACGGGAUGAAUAAGAAGUAGCGUCGAUGAGGACAGCGGCCGAUGACGCUACUGUUUCGGCUUCUGAUUGCAAUGCGCAAAACCUCCCUUGGCCGAACGGUGGGCAUCAACGCUUCACAUGCGUGUGGCUGUCAGCCUUACUCAGACCCCUCACGUGCCCUCAAGCGCGAUUGGCGGGAAGGGAUCUCAGGGGUUUGACUUCUUCCAUUAGCGCUUGGCGCUUGUCAAGCACCUUGGAAUCUCUCCGAAUAGGAUGGCGCAGAGCCAUCUGCCCUUUUGAUUGCGCCGUGGCUGCCGCCAUCGAGCAGGGCCGCGGCGCAGCACGGAGGGAUUCGCCGCUCGGUGUUGUUGUUCGUUCGGCGGGCGGUAUGCUUGGCGAUGCUGACAUCCUCCUCCUCACGCCGGUACGCGUUGGCGUCUCGUCUCGACUCUCUCCACCACCACUGCUGCUGCUGCUGCUGCUGCAGCACGCCGAUGGGAAUGCCGGUGAGGCUGUGUUUCUUGUUUCUUUUUGCUCAUUCCCUAUCCGGUAAUGUCCCAGGACGCGCGCCCGCUGGGCUGAUGACGAUCGCCUUCAUGUGCCAGGGGCGCGCAUUGUUCAGGUAAUUUCACAAGCGCAACGUCCGCCCAUCCACAUGCCGUUGUGAUGGGCCCGAGGGAAAUCACCCGCAACCACACACGCUUCCCACCGCCGCCUCUCUCGCCAAUCUGCUGCUCGCCGCUCUCUCCUUUCAUUCAUACUUUCUUUUCCUUUUGCUGGCGAUCUGAUCUGCCCCGUUCACUAAUACCUCGAGUAAUCUCCAUGGCCGCCCGUUGCGCCCCAUCGAGAUUCAUGCCGAUGGACCGCUGAUCG